UCCUAUAGUUUAGAGACUUGAGACUCGUCGUGUUGAUUUUGUCCUUUAGAUUUUCUUGUUUAAUUGUUUUUUUAUUUGUAAUCUUAUUUUUUCUUGUUCUCUUGAUAUUUAUUAUUUCCUUUGAUUCUUACAGGAGUUUCAUGUCGUCUAGUAGUAACAUACAUAAUUUGAAAACUUUUGAUCCCUUCGCGGAUGCUAUCAAAGCUGAUGAUACUGUUCAUGACGGUUUAAUUCACAUUCGUAUUCAGCAAAGGAAUGGUCGUAAGACACUUACCACUGUCCAGGGGAUAGCUGAUAAUUAUGAUAAGAAAAAGAUUGUCAAGGCUUGCAAGAAGGAAUUUGCCUGUAACGGAACGGUAGUUGAACACCCUGAAUAUGGAGAAGUAAUUCAACUUCAAGGUGAUCAGCGAAACAAUAUUUGUCAAUUUUUAACUAAAUAUGGAAUCGCUAGACCGGAGCAACUUAAAGUCCAUGGUUUUUAAGAUGCCAUCUUAUUUUGGUAUGGUUUAAGAGCAAUUCGUUCACCUGAAUAAAUAAAGACGUUUCAUUCAAUUGUUAAAACGUGUUGAAAUAUAUCCACCCUUGAUAAACGCUUAACCAUGGCCAAAUUCAAAAUAAAGUUACAAUUAUCCGUUGAAA